UCUGAGCAGGAGUCAGUCGUUAGUCCUCCCAUCGCUGCUGUUUGACACCAGGAGGAGCAGCAGGAUGGAGGUCUCCCCAGCUCAGCCCGACUGACCCGUCUCCACAUCCCUCUCUUCAGCUACACCAGUUCCUACGGGAUCCUGAUCGUCCCCCGUGUCCUGGACACCAGACGUCAGACUUCUCCAGAGGCUGCAGGACGACCGCACAGCGAGGCGUUCCCCCAUGAUUCGCCGUGAGAGGAGACGUUUCGGUCCCGGACAGUCGAGGAUCAGCAGCAGCAGUCCCGUCCACGGCCCCCCCGCUGCACACAACACCAACAACUCCAACAACACCAACAACUCCAACAACAACGAUAAGAAGGAUGACAAGAAGGAUGACAAGAAAGAUGACAAGAAAGACGCAAAGAAAGAUGACAAAAAAGAAGAGCCGAAGGAGGUGUGGAUCUUGGAUCCGGCCACGGACACGUACUACUACUGGCUCUGCACGAUCUCCAUCCCCGUCUUCUACAACCUGAUGUUACUGGUGGCCAGGGCGUGUUUCAACGAGCUGCAGUACACAAACACAGACCUGUGGAUGGUUUUGGACUACAGUUCGGACGUCCUCUACUACCUGGACACCUUCGUGAGGCUCAGGACAGGUUUUCUCGAGCAAGGACUUCUCGUGAAGGAUCCAAAAAUCCUGAAAGAGACGUACAGCAAGACCCGCCAGUUCAAACUAGACGUCAUAUCCAUCCUUCCCACCGACGUCAUGUUCCUCUACCUCGGAGUGGACAACCCCGAGUGGAGGUUCAACCGCCUCUUCAGGUUGGCCCGGCUCUUUGAGUUCUUCGACCGGACUGAAACCCGCACCAACUUCCCAAACAUCUUCAGAAUCGGUAAUCUGGUACUUUACAUCAUCAUCAUUAUCCACUGGAACGCCUGUCUCUACUUUGCAAUCUCCAAGACACUGGGGUUUGGAUCGGACACCUGGGUAUAUCCAGCCUUGAACAAUAAAGAGUACGCCCGGCUGGCUCGCCAAUACGUCUACUGUCUCUACUGGUCUACCCUCACCUUGACGACUAUCGGUGAGACGCCACCUCCGGUCAGGGACUUCGAAUACUUCUUUGUGGUGGCCGACUUUCUCACCGGAGUCCUGAUCUUCGCCACAAUCGUAGGCAACGUCGGUGCCAUGAUCUCCAACAUGAAUGCCGCGCGCGUGGAGUUCCAGGCCAAGAUCGACUCCAUCAAACAGUACAUGGAGUUCCGUAAAGUCACCAAAGACCUGGAGAUUAGGGUGGUGAAGUGGUUCGACUACCUGUGGACGGAGGAGAAAACCUGCGACGAGAAGCAGGUGUUGAAGAAUCUGCCGGACAAACUAAAGGCUGAGAUCGCCAUCAACGUGCACCUGGAGACGCUCAAGAAGGUGCGCAUCUUUCAAGACUGUGAAGCCGGUUUGCUUGUGGAGCUGGUGCUGAAGCUGCAGCCGCAAGUGUUCAGUCCUGGCGACUACAUCUGCAAGAAGGGCGACAUCGGCAGGGAAAUGUACAUCAUCAAGGGAGGGAAGCUGGCCGUGGUGGCAGACGAUGGAGUUACCCAGUUUGUGGUUCUCAGUGAUGGUGCAUACUUCGGAGAGAUCAGCAUCCUCGGGAUCAAGGGUAGUAAGGCAGGAAACCGGAGAACGGCAAACAUCCGCAGCGUUGGGUACUCGGAUCUCUUCGCCCUGUCCAAAGAUGAUCUGAUGGAGGCGCUAACGGAGUAUCCUGAUGCUAAAUACGCUCUGGAGGAGAAGGGACGGGCUAUUCUGAUGAAGGAUAACCUCAUAGACGAGUCACUGGUCUCGGCUACUGACGCUAAAGACUUGGAGAAUAAAGUCGAUCAGAUUGAAGCGAGUGUGGAGAUAAUGACGACCAAAUUUCGAAAGCUUAGUAGUCAAUAUGAAUCCUCUCAGCGCAAAAUCAAGCAGCGGCUCACGAAUUUAUCCAACCAGGUCCGGACCCUGUGAUACCACGAGUAAAGCUUGACUAUAGCCAGUACUGGAGUUGUAAAAAUAAAUCAGGGGGGGUGGUGGAUUUUAUCAUAUGGGGACAGAUAAUUUGUGCUGAUUACAAAUAAUAUAAUAUAGUACAAAUAAUAGCAGUGACCAAAACAGCUGCAGAAAUACUGCAGGAAUGACAUAGCAGCAGUUAAAUGCAGCCUUCUGUAAGCUUUAAAUAUCCACUGGGCUUACAUCAAAUACAUCAAAACACAACAAUAAAAAACAGUUUUCUGAACUUAUCAAUAUGACUCUGUCCUUCACAGGAUAAGUAACAUGGAUCACUGCAAAAACUAACAAUCUUAACAAGAAUAUUUGUCUUAUUUCUAGUUAAAAUGUCUCAUUUUAGUCAAUAAAUCUCAUUACACUUAAAACAAGACUCAUC